CCCGCUGGGCCCGGGGCUGUCCCCGCCCCUAUGCCCUUUUUUGGGUUUCCGGCCAGAGGCAUGCUGGGAGCGUCACAUGCAAAUUAAGCGUGUACCCAGCGUUCCGCCCUUCCUUCGUUGGGCCGGUUAUCGACCCGGCCCAGUGCGCAGGCGCGGGAAAGUUGAACUAAUAAAGUUUGUACGAGUUGAGUGGAGGAGACGGCAAAUUGAGUGGAGGAGGCGGCGGUGGGGCCCCGGACCAGGUGCCUCCAUGGCAGGCUCUGAAGAGCUGGGGCUCAGGGAAGACACGCUGAGGGUCCUAGCUGCCUUCCUUAGGCGUGGUGAGGCUGCCGGGUCUCCUGUUCCAACUCCACCUAGAAGCCCUGCCCAAGAAGAGCCAACAGACUUCCUGAGCCGCCUUCGAAGAUGUCUUCCCUGCUCCCUGGGGCGAGGAGCAGCCCCCUCUGAGUCCCCUCGGCCUUGCUCUCUGCCCAUCCGCCCCUGCUAUGGUUCAGAGCCUGGCCCAGCUACUCCAGACUUCUAUGCCUUGGUGGCCCAGCGGCUGGAACAGCUGGUCCAAGAGCAACUGAAAUCUCCGCCUAGCCCAGAAUUACAGGGUCCCCCGCCCACAGAGAAGGAAGCCAUACUGCGGAGGCUGGUGGCCCUGCUGGAGGAGGAGGCAGAAGUCAUUAACCAGAAGCUGGCCUCGGACCCCGCCCUGCGCAGCAAGCUGGUACGCCUGUCCUCCGGCUCUUUCGCCCGCCUGGUGGAGCUGUUCUGUAGCCGGGAGGACAGCUCUCGCCCAAGCCGAGCAUGCCCCGGGCCCCCGCCUCCUUCCCCGGAGCCCCUGGCCCGCCUGGCCCUGGCCAUGGAGCUGAGCCGGCGCGUGGCCGGGCUGGGGGGCACCCUGGCCGGACUCAGCGUGGAGCACGUGCACAGCUUCACGCCCUGGAUCCAGGCCCACGGGGGCUGGGAGGGCAUCCUGGCCGUUUCACCCGUGGACUUGAACUUGCCAUUGGACUGAGCUCUUUCUCAGAAGCUGCUACAAGAUGACACCUCAUGUCCCUGCCCUCUUCGUGUGCUUUUCCAAGCCUUCCUAUUCCACUCAGGGCUGUGGGGUGGUGGUUGCCCUACCUGUUUUUGCCAAAAAUAAAUUGUUUAAAACUUUUCAUAUUAAAAAUGUUACAAAGUA